AUGGUUAAAUACUGUGGAUAUACAGUGCGAAAUGAGUGGAUGUACCAGCGAGGCGUUGAUUUGGGAUUUCCCCGCCCCGUGACCGCGGAAGAAAAGUCGGAUAUGAUUCUCCUGAUUUCGAGGGAUCUCAUGACGGAGACAGGCGUUUCCCGCUGUACCAAACUGCGUCAUGUGAAAACCGCCAAAGGCACCGGGUUUUGGUGUAUCGCUUUCGCCUCGAACGAUACCCUCUCAGAAAGGCUACCUACCACCGCGCCAUCGGAGGAAAAAUACAAGGCUUUGAAGGAGGUGCUGCAGAAGAAAGGCCCGCCUCGUUGGUACAAAGCUUCAUGA